GAACGCAUUCGUACGCGACGACGAAUCUAGUGAAGCGAUCACAACAGUGGUGAGAGGUUCGAACCCUGUACGGUAUCGGUUAUAACAUCACACAUCGACAUGAGUUUUGUCAAAGAAGAACUCGAAAGUAGCAAUGUGGAAACUGAGGAUUUGGUGCCUGCAGUGGAAAGAGAACUAAUGUUGGACUGUGGUCCGGAGAUUCCGUCCAGCCCCACCGAAAAUGCUGACAGUGCAGAGAUACAGAGCGAGCCAUUAUGCCUUACCACGCUGGAGCCUCCUCCCUACAACAUGACCUGCGCACCACUUGACAUGACCACUGUGAACUACGCCAACAGUUGCCAGCCUCCACCGCUAGUCAGCGCCACAUCAACUCACGACAGCGCAUGCGCAGUAGAUUACAACGCAUGCGCAGCAGAUUAUAACAGCGUACGCGCACCUACUGACCACAACGCAUGCACAGCAAAUUAUGACAGCGCAUGCGCACCUACUGACAACAGCGCAUUCGCAUCUACUUAUGACAUCUCAUAUGCACCUGCACCUACUCAUGACAGGGCACCCGCACCUAUUGACGAUGGCACAUACGCACCUACUGAUGACAGCACAUGUGUACCACCUCAAGGCACCACAUGCGUGCCUACUCGCAAAGCAACCAGAAGCCAGUGGAGAGCGCGACAGACUCAAUCAGAUAAAGAUUACAAGAAGACAGCAUGUGACAGAGAGCGAACAAGAAUGAGAGACAUGAACAUCGCGUUUGAUGCUCUCAGAGAUAAAUUGCCGUUAUGCAAGCCUCCUGGCAAAAAACUAUCCAAGAUUGAAUCCCUCAGGAUGGCGAUACGUUACAUCAACCACCUACAAGGGUUGCUUGAAUUUGGCAACGAAUACGACGACCGUUUCCUGCCUUGUGAGCAUUCCUCCCCCGAAGGCCGCGACGACCUCACACCCCCGCCGCCCACCCAAUGGGCCCCCUCUGCCCCCCUCUACUACUACCAGAGUCCGCUCACCAUUUCCCCAACAGCAUCUAUACCACCAUUCAGCAGUUACACUGUUCCCUAUACACCAUAUCACACCACUGCUUACAACCAUUGAACAAUGCAUAAUUCAUUCAAUUUUGUGUUAUUACAUUGUGAUGUUUUAUUUCUAGUAUAGAAGGCCUAAAAGAAAAAAAGUAUGUAAAGGAUUAAAAUGUGUUUAUUGUAAUGUUUUAUUUCUAAUAUAGAAGCCUACAAGAUAAAAAAUUGUGUGUAGGCUAAAAGAAAAAAAAAUGUGUUUAUUGAAAUGUUUUCUUUCCAGUAUAGUAGGCCUACAAGAAAAAAAAACGUGUUCCCUUUUAUAAAAGUUAAUAUGUUAGAACCAACCUUUUAAUUUUGAUCAGGGUUUUCUUAUAUUUCAAAUUACUCACCCUCUGCAUUCAGACUGCAACCAUUGCCUUUGCCUAACCUUUGGGGUCUCUCAAUUUAAUU